AAAAGGGAGUGAGGGGAGAGCGAGAGAGAGAGAGAGAGAGAGAGAGAGAGAGAGGUCUACAGGUCUCCUUGUUAGUUGGGUCCUGAAGGUAGUUGUGAAGGGCAUUCGAGUCACAGCUGGGGAGUUCCAGAGUUCUCUCACCGGCGGGACCUACACAUCUAUCCCCUCACUUGGUCUCUUGGUGCGGCUGACCAAAUCUCUGACCAGAGGUAACCCCUGAUUGACCCAUUGACCUGCAGCAAGCCUAGCAAGCGUGUGUGUGUGAGUGUGUGUGUGUGGGUGUGUGUGUGUGUGUGUGGCCAGCGGGAUGGCUGAAGCACAUCAGGCCGUGGGGUUCCAGUUCACGGUCACCCCUGAUGGCAUUGACCUGCACCUGAGCAGGGAGGUGCUGAAGCACAUCUACCUGUCCGGGGUCACCUCCUGGAGGAAAAGGGCCAUCAGGUUCAAGAAUGGCGUCCUGACGGGUGUGUAUCCUGCCAGUCCGUCCAGCUGGUUGAUCAUGGUCAUCGCCAUCAUGAGCACCAUGUACACGCGGGUGGACCCAUCUCUGGGCAUGAUCGACAGGAUUAAAAACACCUUACCUGUCAGUGAGUACCUGACAGUGCAGACCCAGACAGUGCUGAGUGGCGUGCUGUUUGCCACGGGGCUGUGGCUAGCCCUCAUCAUGCUGCUGCGCUACACACUCAAGCUGCUGCUGUCCUACCACGGAUGGAUCUUUGAGUGCCAUGGCAGGAAGACCCUCUCCACCAGAGUCUGGCUGAACCUGGUGAAGAUGUUCUCAGGUCGGAGGCCUCUGCUCUACAGUUUCCAGGCUUCUCUUCCCAGACUACCAGUACCCAGCGUGGAUGAUACCAUCAGCAGGUAUUUGGAAUCAGUGCGCCCUCUACUGGAUGAUGAUCAGUAUAACCAGAUGGAGGUGGUGGCCAACGAGUUUAAAAAGGACCCUGCUCCCAAACUGCAGAAAUACCUCCAGCUCAAGUCCUGGUGGGCCAGCAACUAUGUGAGCGACUGGUGGGAGGAGUUUAUCUACCUGAAGGGGCGGGGUCCCAUCAUGGUCAACAGUAACUUCUAUGUGAUGGAUCUUAUGUAUGUGACCCCCACUCACAGACAGGCAGCUCGUGCAGGGAACGUGGUCCACGCCAUGCUGCAGUACCGACGCAAGCUAGAACGCGGAGAACACACCCCACUAAGGGCCCUGGGUGUAGUUCCUAUGUGCUCUUAUCAGUAUGAGAGAAUGUUCAACACCACCCGCAUCCCUGGCAUUGAGACAGAUUUCGUGCAGCACCUGUCGGACCGUAAGCAUGUGGUGGUGUACCACCGCGGGCGCUUCUAUAAGGUGUGGCUCUACUUCGGGGGCCGCCACCUGUGGCCGUCUGAGCUGGAGCUGCAGUUCCAGAGGAUCCUCAAUGACCCCUCACCCCCGCAACCGGGAGAGGUCAAACUAGCCGCCCUCACCGCCGGGAACAGAGUUCCCUGGGCUCGUGCGCGUCUGAAGUACUUCAGUGAGGGAGUGAACAGGGCGUCCCUGGAGGCCAUCGAGACGGCAGCGUUCUUCCUCACGCUCGACGACGAGGCCCACGGAUACGACCCAGAGAAGCUCAAGUCACUGGACAUGUACGCCAAGUCCUUACUGCACGGGAAAUGCUACGACAGGUGGUUUGAUAAGUCCUUCUCCCUGAUUGCCUAUAAGAACGGUAAAAUGGGCGUCAAUGUGGAGCACUCAUGGGCCGAUGCUCCUAUAGUGGGACACAUGUGGGAGUACGUGUUGGCCACUGACUGCUUCCAGCUGGGCUACACAGACGAGGGCCACUGCAAGGGGGACGUCAGCAAGGGUCUGGCCCCCCCCUCCAAACUCCAGUGGGACAUUCCAGUGGCAUGUCAGGAGCUCAUCGAGGGCUCAUACCAGCUGGCGAAGGAGAUCGCCGAUGACGUGGACUUCCACGGCUACGUGUUUGAUGAGUUUGGCAAAGGCCUGAUCAAGACAUGCAGGACCAGCCCUGACGCCUUCAUCCAGAUGGCUCUGCAGCUAGCGCACUACAGGGAUAAGGGCGAAUUCUGUCUGACCUACGAGUCAUCCAUGACACGGAUGUUCCGUGAGGGUCGGACAGAGACGGUUCGCUCCUGCACCUCUGAGUCCACAGCCUUCGUCAAAGCCAUGGAGAACCUCAAGGAAAAGAAGGAGCAGCGCUUGGCUCUGUUCCGGAAAGCGUCGGAAAAGCACCAGCACAUGUACCGGUUGGCAAUGACCGGCGGGGGCAUUGACCGUCACCUCUUCUGCCUCUACAUCGUCUCCAAGCUGCUUGGCAUCGACUCACCUUUCCUCAAGCAGGUGCUGUCGGAGCCCUGGCGCCUCUCCACCAGCCAGACCCCCCAGCAGCAGAUCAACCUGGUGGACCUGCAGAAGCACCCCAAAUACGUGGGCCUCGGAGGAGGCUUCGGCCCGGUGGCGGAUGAUGGUUAUGGCGUUUCUUAUAUUAUCAUUGGGGAAAAUCUCGUCACAUUCCACAUCUCCAGCAAAUUCUCCAGCCCGGAGACGGAUUCCUACCGGUUUGGCCAGAACAUCCGCCAGGCCAUGCUGGACAUCCGAGCGCUCUUUGAGGUGAAGAACGACAAGAAGAAGGAGAAGGAGGAGAAAAAACACAUGUAGCCUUGACCACCGCGCACCUCACGUGACACACCCCAGCUGCUACACACCUCACGCGACACACAAUCACUCUUAAAACCGGACAAGACAGACACCGAAUCUCCAGCCUUUAUUUCAAAUGAGCUUCAAGUCUCCAAGGAUGGAUAUUUACAUAGAUGGGGACUACAUCAGGUGGACAGGUAGCAAGGCACUGACUGAGAAUGAAGACUAAAAUCUAAAAUCGAAGCCGUUGAGUCUUCAUAGCACUUUGUCCAUAAGAUGUGCGGUGACGAGAGUGUUCAUGUUGCACAUCAGGCUGAAGGGCGAGUCGGGACGUGUACAGAGCUGGAGUCAGCUGCUUUUCGAGAUUAGGAUGGAAAUAGUGCCUCUUAAAGUAGAGACUCUCAGCUGCUGAGAGAAAAGCAUCUCAGAUGCAGAGAGUAGAGCAUCUUCGCUGCAGAGUAGAGCAUCUUAGCUGUACAGAGUAGAGCAUCUCAGAUGCAGAGAGUAGAGCAUCUCAGAUGCAAAGAGUAGAGCAUCUUAGCUGCAGAGAGUAGAAGAUCUCAGAUGCAGAGAGUAGAGAUUAAGAUGUACAGUAACUAGCACCGUAAGCUCUACUCCCUCCCCCAGUAAUAUUCAUUAAGAGACCCUCUUGUCAGCUGCUUUUUGAGAUGAACUAAAAUGGAACUAGCGCCACACUGACUAGCUCUCUUGUGCCCAGAUAGCAACAUCAGAUUGGCCACUGGAUCACCAUCUCAUUAAAUUGGAUUUGUCAUGAAUAUUCAAAAAAUACAUGACAUGUUAUUAAAACGAUGGAUGAAGUAUAACUGAAUAAGUGAAAAAAGGUUUUAGACGAGUAGUGGCAAAUAUAUUGGGGCGCUUGUCGGCAACCUGCCAGAGGAUCGCCAGAGAACCCCAGACCUGCUCCCAGGGGCCGACAACAAUGAAUGAAUGAAUGUGUGAUGAGAUGCGUUAUAUUGAUAUGUGGCCCCUGAAAUAAGUGUGUGUGUGUGUAAUGUGUGUGUGCGUGUGUGUGUGUGAGAGGGAUACAUGUGGUACAAGUGUGUGUGUAUAUGUACAGUUGUAAAUACUCUGAGCUUUGGGCUAUGUACAGAGGAGAUUAAUUAUUUAUGGGUGAUGUGUAUUUAUUAGAUAUAAAGACUGUUGUCGUUU